CUGGAGCUGGCUGCUCUCAUCAGCACCACUCAGCGCAGUGUAUGUGUGUGUUUGAGAGAGAGCGAGAGCGAGUGAGAGAGAGUGAGGGAGGGAGUAAACGACUGGAGAAGUGGAGACUGACUUGGUCGGCGUAGCCUCAUCCACAGCCGAACAGAAUCAAGGAGAGGAGAGCGGAAGGACAUCCCACGCCACCUUCUCAUCCGCACUCACAAAUAGGCUGUUUUGCAUCUCCUCUGUCCUCCAUCCGCGCGUCCAGGUUCUUUCCCCCCUCUCUCUCUUUCUCUUCCUUCCUCUUGCUGUGGGUAGCGUAUGAUGAGCUCCAGCCUGCUAGAAAACCCGGUGCAGGCGAUUCUGUACCUGCGGGAGCUUACCACCAUCGUCCAGAAUCAGCAGAGUCUCAUCCAGACCCAGCGUGCAAGAAUAGAAGAGCUGGACCGGAGGGUAGAUGAGCUGAUCGGCGAGAACAGACACCUGCGGGACGUCAGGAUACAACAACAGCAUCCUUAUCACCACCAUCACCACCAUCACCACCCCGACCCCAGCUGCCUUCAUCAUCACCACCACCAUCCACAGGACCCCCCGCUCAAGACUAGUCCGGGGUCUUUGCCAGAUGCGGCUUCACCAGCACAAGUCGAGGCGGCUCCGGCUGUCCAGUCCUCUCCCACCCAACCUAUGGACCCAGGAGACAUGCAGCUGGUCCCAGCCGAGCCAUCCACAAUUUCGCCGGUUGAAAGUGAGUCCGAAAACGGUGGAAGUUGCCACAGCUGCCGCUCUUUGGUUCCGAUGACCCCAACAACCCUUUGUCGGUCUCUGGCCCUGGCCAGGAAAUCCGAGAGCGAGACUGUGCUGCAUCAGUUUUGCUGCCCCGCCCCUGAGCAUCCAGAGACUGAGACCACUGGCUCGUCCAGUGGACAGAUGCUGAGCCUGGAGGAUGGCACCUCCUCUGGGGACAGACAGGAAACAGAGGGUACCAAAAGGGAGGGACCCAGUGAGUACGAGAGCACCCUGGAGAAUAAAAACAAACAGAUAGAAGAGUUGGAGCAGAAGUAUGGAGGCCAUCUCAUAGCAAGGCGGGCAGCCCGUCGUAUCCAGACAGCCUUCCGUCAGUACCAGCUCAGCAAAAACUUCCAGAAGAUCCGCAACUCAUUGUCAGAAAGUAAGCUUCCUCGUCGGAUCUCUCUACGGCAUCCCAGCCCUUCGGGCAGAAACCGGAACGCAGCUCAGAGACACAGCUACACUCUGCAUCCUGGAGGAGGACAGAUACCUUUACGCUCUAAAACCCCCCCUCCACCCCCUUGCCGCUCCACGUCUCUGCCCCCAUCGUCUCCUGCGUCAGCCCCGGCACCUCCCCCAACUCCUGCCCCAGGCUCAGGCCCAGGACCUGGACCAGGCCCAGCACCACCCACACCUCAAACCCCAGGACCCUCACUCACACAACUGGAAGACUGCUUCUCUGAACAACUGCACUCCUUGGCGCAGUCAAUUGAUGAGGCCCUUCGUGGCUGGAGCUUGUCUGAGGGUGGAGAGGGCAAGGGACUGCUGAUGGACCCCGGGGCGCUUCGUGCAGCUGCUGAGAGUGCUUGUCUGCCACGUAGUGCCAGCUCGCUGCUCAUGGCGUUCAGGGAUGUUACAGUUCAUAUUGACAGCAAUAGCUCCUAUACCAUCUCCUCUGCCACCACCACAACCACCACCACCUCUUUGGGCAAUGCAGGUGGGGGACAGCCAGGUAGCAGGAAGACUUCUGUGAGUGGAAUGGCUGGGGGAGGAGACAACCAGUCAGUGGAGGAGCCAGAGUUUCCUGCACCUCCGCCUAGUGAAGAGCUGGAAAUGGUUGAUCUAGGAUCCAGGAGGGGUUCAGCAGUGCCAACUGCAGGGGGAGGAGGAAUGGAAGGGGAGAACAGCACAGACAGACUGGGAUCCUCCUCCACUUCUACCUCUACUUCCACUUCCAUCUCCACCUCAGCCCAGACUAACCAACAGCCUGCCCAGAUUUAUACCCAGUACCAGCAGUACCACUACACUCAUCCCCAGCAGAUCUCCGGGGGGCCGAGCCCCGAGGCCCUGCAGGCUCUGGUCGUCUCUCUGCCGAGGGACCGCUGCCAGGAUCCAGCCUCUUGCCGCUCACCCACCCUGUCUACUGACACACACCGCAAACGCCUCUAUCGUAUAGGACUCAACCUCUUCAAUGUGAAUCCAGAGAGAGGCAUCCACUUCCUGAUUACGCGUGGUUUCGUCCCAGACACGGCCAUCGGAGUGGCUCACUUUCUGCUGCAGAGGAAGGGCCUAAGUCGGCAGAUGAUUGGGGAGUUUCUGGGGAACAGCAAACUGCAGUUCAACAGAGACGUCCUUGACUGUGUUGUGGACGAGAUGGAUUUCUCAGGCAUGGAGCUUGACGAAGCCCUGAGAAAGUUCCAGGCCCAUGUCCGUGUUCAGGGAGAAGCACAGAAAGUGGAGAGACUCAUCGAAGCCUUUAGGUGAGACUGUCAGCUUGAUCACAACCCAGCCUCACUGACUAACGGGCUCUGGCUUUGAUUUUUAACAAUGUGCAACACAAAAACAGUGCAUCAUGUGACCGAGCAGGGCUGGGUAGUGCACUCUGAAGAUUUUAACAGGAAUGGGCCUUUUGCUUGUGGCCACCAAUACAAAUCAGAAAAACAAUGGCACACAACCAAGAACACACACUUUGGAAUGAAAUUGAAGCAAAAAGCUUUUUC